AUGUCCUACAAUUUAGUAAAUAAAGUUGCGGUAGUUACUGGUGGACUCACAGGCAUUGGUUUGGCCACCACCAUAAAGUUACUUAAGAAUGGUUCAAAAGUGAUUGUUGGUGAUUUUUUACAUGAACAUGAGAUUGAUACAGUUUUAAAUCAUAUUCAUAAACAAGUCCCUGAAAAUCAUCAUCAAAUCAAAUUUUUAAGAAUAAAUGUUGCCAAUUAUCAAGAUAACGUCAAUCUUGUAGAUUUUGCCUUGGAUGAAUAUCAGGAUUUGCAUUAUGUUGUGACCAAUGCAACCACUGCCGUUGCCACCAACACUAAGACGGAAACACUUGGCCAAUUCAAGGAUGUAAUUGAUACCAACUUGAAUGGUGUUUUUGCUUUAAACAAAUUGGCUAUCAAUUAUUGGGAAGAGUUUCAUAAACCAGGGAGUAUUGUUAAUGUAAGCAAGAUAUUGGGGUUGACCAGUACUAAAGGGUUAACUAGCUAUCGUGUUUGUCAAGGCGGAGUUCAAUCAUUAACACAAUCUUUAUCUUUAGCAUACGCUAAUAAAGGUAUAAGGCUAAAUUCAGUGAUUCCAGGUUAUGUUGAAAUAUCUCCAAUGUUGGGUCAAAUUAAUCAACAUAUAGAAACUAACACUUUGAAACAACAUCCAAUGGCUAGAUUAGGGAAACCUGAUGAAAUUUCCAAUGCCAUAGCUUUCUUGUUAUCAGAUGAAGCAUCAUUUGUAAGUGGUGCAUCGUUGGUGGUUGAUGGAGGAUAUUCUGCCCAAAUAGGAAAUUAG